AUGAAGUUUUUUAGGUUAAUUGGAUUUGCUUUAUUGAAUGUUCUGAGUGGUCUUUCCACUGCUACGAUAGCUAACAAUAGCAGCAAUAUCGAACAGGAACAUGGAAUCGCGGAAGCUGUAGCGGCACCUUCUAUCAAUAUAGAGGUGAAAUACGAUGUCGUUGGAAGGGAACCAGAAGGUCUUAAUGCAUUCCUUGAGUUUUACGCUGAAGAUACCGCUACACUGGCUUAUAACGUUACUAAUUUGGAAGAUACUAACAUCAUCAUUGUCGGUGUGAAUGGAACAAUUGUCACUUAUCCAGAUGGAUAUCCUGUAGCGGAUAUUACAGCUGCUAAUGUUGGGCCCUUCGAAAUGGAAGUUAACGGAACUUCGAAAUUUGGACAAGACGUUACUUUGAAUUUACCUGAGGGACAGUAUUUUUUGGUUCCAAUUUUAUUAGCGUCUAGGCUAAAUGAGACCAUGAGAAUAGCAGCACCACCAACCCUUUUCGAAAUUAUUAGUCCACCUAUUUCUUUUUUCAAUCCACAGUUUUUAUCUGUUCAGGUCAUCUUUUUAGCCAUUAUCGGAGGUAUAAGUUAUUAUUAUAUGAAAUCUAGAACAACUCAAAGACCUACCAAGAAGGUUACUGUCAAGAAAGUUGAUGAAUCAUGGUUGCCAGAAACAUAUAAAAAAUGA